GUCAAGCCCGGAUGUAAGUCUCCAAACAUCGAUCCCGGAGGUAGGUGUACAAACAUCAAACCUGGGUGAAGCUGUUCAAACAACACUUUCUGCUGUGAUAAGUACUGGUUCGGUUAUCGAAUCGGCAAGCCCUGGUGUAUCAAACACACGCUCUGUUAUGUCAGACUACACAUCUGCGUCGAUAGAUCCUUCUCCAACGACGCAUGACGUCUCAUCCACCGUCAUUCCAACAACAUCACUUCCUCCACCGACGUUGUCCAUGACCGAUGUCAGUGUCUACGAAGGAGACGGGGACGCGAUUCUCCUGUGUCAGAUGGACAGAAGCUACACAUUGAGCAGUGUGCACUUCUUCAAGGAUGACGCCCUGUUAGACCAGUCUCCAGACAUCAGCGACAACAUGACCGAGUUCUCCUACAGGAUAAACGAUCCACGCUGCACUGACACCGGUGGAUAUGAAUGUCGCGUAGUGAGCGAAGAGGGGAAUCUCACAACGACGGCGAAUGUUACAGUUCUUGUUCGAUCAGGACAGCCGACCUUGACCCUGCCGUUUGAGAUAGUGGAAGGCAGAUGGAAGGAGACGUCAUUGUUUGUGUGCACCUACAGACAAGGUGUCCCUCCAGCUGAAGUAUACUGGAGUGCAACACUGGCCAAUGGAACAACACUGGACAGACUGAACUUCAUCACACAGGAGUUUGUGGCGGAGAACCAGACUGACACGUGUGCCCUGGAGGCGACCUCCCAGUUUUACUAUGCCUUCAGUAUGGCAUGGAAUGCCUCCAGCAUCUGCUGUAACGUCAAGCAAGGAGCUAACACAUCCACAGCCUGUGGAGAUGUUCAUGUUAUUCCAUCGGACAUGUGCGUGAACCAGACUGGGAAAUUAGAGCAUCCCUACACGUGUCAACUCUGGAUAGAUUGUGUCAACGAUGUUGUGUACAUCGGGACAUGUGGGGAAGGCCAGUGCAUUGAUGUAGAGAAUGAUAUGUGUACGUCAGGAGGUCCUCCUCCUGGUCCAUCAGGUGAAUUCUCCUGUGAAGGCAGAGUGAGUGGCGAUCGCAUACCACGAAGUUACACAUACCCAAGUCACUGCAGAGAGUACUACUGGUGUGUGAAUGGUGCUCCCAACAACAUUACAUGUCCUGGGGAUUCCUAUGUCAUCUGGAAUACAACAUCAGAGUUGGCCUGUACUGACGAUUAUGCUCUUUCAUAUUGUGCAGUGAAAGCUGCUAAUGAAAGUACAAGUGGGACAGGAACGACUGUGGGUAAGAGCCAUGUUUCCUUUGACUUUUUUAUCCCCCUGAAUUAUAUAAUCAAAUAG